AGAAUUCUGCCUAAAUAAAUCCCAUCCAUCCUACGGUCUUCACGAGACCCUGCCCUGCCUUUGGUAAGUCCAUAUUAUGUCCUUAUCGAUUUCUGUUAGAAAUGCUUGAUGGUCAUAUCCUUAUUCAAUUCUAAUAAGUAGCACAGAGACGCCUACUCCAGCACAUUCACACACAGGCUUGUACACACACAUCCAUAGCCUGUACACUUCCUAUAUAGCUUAUAGUGGUGAUAUGAAACGCAUGAGAGCAAUAAUUCGUUCUCUUCCACAUGUUUUUUGUAGUGUAAUUUGUUACUAUAAAAACGACGGGGGGAAUCGCAGCUCUUGGAGCGAUGCCUUGUUCCAUUCAAAAAUCCCUCUAUCUGAAAACCAUCUGCCUUGGCGUAGGCUGUAGAUUACACUUGCUAUAAAUUGGCACAAUGUUACUCCCCAAAAGUAGUUUUUGGGUGGUUUGUAUUCGUCCUUUUUGUAUUAAUAUCAAUCCGCCUUCUGUUCCCACUAUCUCCAUGACAUCUAACCCAGUAGUUAGGACCCAAAUUAAGGAAAAUCAUGACUCAGCAUUUCGAGAAAAAACACAAAGCAGUAAAUAAUUAUACCAAGUCACUAUUCUGCUUUGAAAAAAGAAAGGCAACGUUGCUAAAAAAUAUCCUCACGCAUGAAUUUUGGUCCCACUCACCCUCCCACGCCGUCUGAAUGUUCUACCUUUUUAUUGUGUGGCUGAAUCUGUCCUUCCAUCCAUCCACCAUGCGGCCUCAGACGACCAGAGAAGCAGUGCUCUAGACGUGUUUAGUGCCUUGAGAUGCAAGAGGACAUAAAUCGUUUUGCUUUGUCCGCAAACGACACCAUUCACAUGCAUAGGGUUCCCCCAUGCUCUCGGUUUCUCUCUCCCCCGUUUCUCUUGUCUCCCGCCUCUGUUUUCCCUUUUGGAGGUGUACUUUCUUUUGAUUUUCUAACCCAGAGCCCGAUGGGGGUCUUUCCCUUGGUUCAUCCCAACCAAGGCUUUGAUCCGCGGCGUCCCCAGUUCAUAAACGCAUAAUUUAUAUAUUUUCUAACCAUUCAGGAAACAGACAUAUUCGAUCCUAGGAAUUUAGAAAUUAGUCGAAUAUUGCAAAAAAAACAACAACAACCAAAUUCUAGGAAUGUAGAAAUUAGUCGAAUAUUGCAACAACAACAAGAAAACAAAUUCCCAGCACAAUUCGUAAAUGAAAGGCUUGAUAGGCUACAUAAAAUGCAAAAGUGUUGGUUAAUGAUUAAGCUGUGGAUGGACGCGCUUUAUCCCUCUCAUAGUAAUGGUAAUGUUCCGUUGUCAUCAUCUGCUGUGCUGCGUAAAGCUGUGUACUCUCCCAUCAUUUCAUCCAGUCAUUCUUCGAUUCUGUGUUGAAUAAAUAACAACAAAUGCCAUAAAACACUUAAGGGAUGGGUGUUCAUGGUUUUUGUAAUGGAUAUUUUGACUUUUUUUUUUUACCAUACUACUUCAUCGCGUGGGGGAGGAGAGCCACACGAUUUGAAGUGACUUUCUGUGUCCAAGGCACUAGUUCAUUUGCAUAAUUUUUCUUGUCUAUGGUGACGCUAUGUUUCGGGGGAGUUCACUGUUCUGGUGAUGUCUUCAUGGUACUUGUGCCCAAAAACAUAGUUCAUAGCCCUGGCUAGGUUUAAUAUUGGUAUAAGACAUGGGCACUGCUCUAGCAUGUGAUAAGUUCAACCGGGAGGGCCGAUAGCGCUUAUCUGGGCGACCCGAGUGCUCGCGCCUGCUUUCAUUAUCUCGGUUUACCCUUCAAACAUCGAACAAAAAAAAAGGGAUUUUGUUUCUUCUACACACAGAGCCACUCGCCCCAUCCCUUUUUUGUUGUGGCCGAUGAGUCCUGUAUGAGCUAGGCGCAAGUUGGUGCUGCUGCUUAUACCCCAGCUCGCUCUGCCUAAACUUUUUCUCCGGACUACUGUUUUGAUCGAUUUCGUCGCUGAAUGAGAACAUAUUGCCUUGUGCUUUGCAUUCAUUGUCAGAGGAUAAGGUAAGCGGGCCAGAAAUAGUAUCUCUCUCGGUUGUAAAUGGCGGAGUUUGUGUCGCGCGGUGAUUUAUCACCGUAUGACUUACAUCUCGGUUCAGGAAGAGUUCACACACAACACAGGCAGACAGAUUUCUCUCUCGCGCGGAGCGGGGGGCUGAGUAUUCGAAGGUUCGAACCUGUCUUCUCUUUUCUGCCAUGUUUUUCUUUUUUCUAUCAGACUACUAUUGAUUUGGAAAUUCAUCAAAAAGCUUUCUGAUAUGUAUUCCAAAGCAUGGCUUUCAUAGCAGAUGUGGUGAUGGGAUGUGAUAUUCAUUUUAAUUCUGCGGUGUGUUGAGGUCAAGAGGGUCUGGUUUUCAGACAGUUUUUGUUUGUCGUAGUGUAUUGUGCUAUAACGAGCCGUAGUUAACAAAUUAUCUAUGUUCUGUUAUUUUAAAAUUUCUUAGGUGAUCUUAUAUGAAGAUCAUGGUCAUUUUUAAUAUUGACAUGAUUGAUUUAUUAUAGUAUCACUAGGCGUAAUAUUACUAUUGCCCAAGUUAGCUGUAUAUUGUACUAAAAUAGUAGUAAUAUAUUUAUUUCUAAUACAAAUAAAAUUAAUAUAAAUCAUUAUCACAAACCUUCUCCACUUGUUGGCUAUCACCACUUUAUCAUGGUGGUAUGUCUUUUGCACUGAUUUAACUAGGCUACACAAUAGGAUGUUCAUGUUUUCAUUUAGGAUUCUACAAUAGCCUACAUUAACCUGCCUCAUAUUUCUUUAGCUAGGAAACUAGUUUCACAUUUGAAAUAGUUUGUGAAAGGAUACUGCUGCAUCGAAUAACUCGUUUAUUAUUAAUUAUUCACAUAAUUCCCAUUAGCAGGUGUGACAAUAGCUUUAGCUUAUUGUUCCUACUUGAUCUAAACUACAACGCUUCACACAUUAAGCCUAAAACCAUUCUAAGGAAAACCCAACUAUUUUAUUUUUUAAAACGUGUGUGUUGUACCCAUUUGCCCUCAUCAAAUAUAUAUAUAUAUAUAUAUAUAUAUAAAGACCUAUAAUUUCAAUUGGAUAGUUUUUCAAUAACUUCUCAAUGGAUAUGACCCCAGUUUUCCUACCUCAGUGAGUAGACUACUAGCAGUAGUUGAGCAUUCCUACUCAUUGGAUCCACAAUAGGUACUUCCUAGCCUAGUAGUACGCCUAUAGUUCUAGGCUACAUGCCGGAUUUCUGUCUUCCUGAAUACCGAGCCAUAGCCUAGCUGUUCACUGAGCCGCUGUCUGCAUUGCGCCGUCCCGCCCUUGCCUACUGACCCCCAUAUAUCACCCGACUUCGCCGACAGCACCGACAGGAGCCUUUAUUAUAGGCCUGCGAGGGAAAGUUCACGUCGUGGUCAUGGAGAUGCGGUUUUACAGGUUUCCUCCUGGCCCUCAUCCAUCUUGGUUCCACACAAACAUGCAGCAAAAACUGGGGAAUGUGGUUGUUUAUGCUUUUAGCCAGGUGGCUGGGUUGUGGUAGAGACUACAGCACACUGCUGGCCCGCUCUGGGGAGAGAAAGCAUUUGACUAAUAACCUGAAACGAUCCAGGCCUAUUCCAACGAUUUUGGGGGAUUUUAAGUGUAUUUUAUCUUGUUCAUUACAUGUUAUAUUAAUAAUAAUAAUAAUAAUAAUAGUAAUAAUAAUUAUGCCUACCUAAAAAUAACCCAUUCAAAGUAAGUCAUAGGCCCAGUUCCCGACAGGCCUUUCGUUUGGUGGUUUACAAUUAAUCUGUGAAACUACUUUUUUUCUCAUUUCAUUUUGGCACCAAUAUUAAUAUUGCACAAUUGGUAUGCUUUUAUAAACGCAUUUAUUUUGAUUCAGUUAAGUGCAGAUGAGGUUUGUGCAUGCCUUUGUUCCCUGUGUUGUUAACCAGAAGGUAAACGAUAACAGCCAGAGAACUGUUGCCCCUAUCUUGCCUCCAUAGUAUCUGGUGUCAGCCCUUUAUUGAAAAGUAAGAUGGAUCGCCACCAUUUCUUCUCCUCACCGUGCUUCUUGUAACCCUAGGUUCACCCGAGGAGGCCAUUGGCGAAGAGGUGUCACGUGACCAAGGGGUGCCAAUGUUAUUCAACAAGGGUGUCAAGACCCUGUCAGUUUCUGAAAUAAAUAUUGGGAAACGGCGAGAUGCAGAAGGCAACCUACUACGACAGCUCCGCAAUUUACAGUGGCUACCCGUAUCAAAGCGCAAAUGGCUUCAGUUAUGAUGCCAAUCAGGUCCAAUAUCCCCGGGCCUCUCAUGUGGAAAGUGAGUACCAUCGACCCGCCUGCUCCUUGCAGUCCCCAGACGGCUUGGUCGCCCUGCAGAAGCCGGGGGAGAUGGCGGAGAACUGCGAUAGGGGUACGGCCAUCCAGGCAGCGCAGCCACCCGUCCUCACCGAAAGCAAUCAACCGCAGAUGUCGGUGGCUGUCCCACCACCCCCUCCCCAGUCACAGUCCCCCGGUUCUCACAACCAGAACACGAGCAACGGCUCCUGUCAACCCAACUCAAAGAGCUCGGUGCACGGCUCGCCGAACACCACCCGGAAGCACAUCUUCCCCUGGAUGAAAGAGUCCCGUCAGAACCAGAAGCCUAAAACCAGUAGCUCCAGCUCAGGUAUAUGACCUAGACGCCACUUCUGAGGAAACACGUGAUAAAAUACAACCCAUUGUUCAUGCGUAAACAUGUGGUUCUGUGACCCAUUACUGAUACAUGAUACAGUUAGCCUACAUACAUGCCCCCCCAAGUCACCAAUUAUGUAUAUAUUUUUAUCAGAUGAACCAACCAAGGUACAAUAUGUUUGAUUAUUUCCCUACUUUGCAUACAUUCAUAUUCUCAAACUUUUCCCUCACAAUUGAACAAACAAUAGUUAACCAUUAUGAUGUGUGGCUUAUUAUCUAUUAUGCAAGCCUACUCAGAGCCAUGUAUUUAGAGAGUUGGGCCAAUGCGGAUUCUGCAUCAUGACACUUCAACAUUCUCUGGCAGCCAUGUUAGCUCGCCAUUAACAUAACAUGGAGAAUAUUUAAACAAUGCUAUGUAACUGUAUGUCAAGAAUUAGAACUAUAUUCAAAAUUCAAAAGUUGGCCUAACUCUCUAAAUGUAUUGCUCGGGCCUACUCCAUCGUGAUAUUCCUUAUUUUCUAGUAUGAUCUAGGCCUAAGGUUCGGGGCAAGGAGACCCACAGCUCCGCUAAAACCAUUGACAACAAGCAUAGUCAGACCUAAACAUUUCCAAUUAUUCCAUGCAAAAAAUUCAUCAGAGUUAUACAUCAAGUAACUGCAUGCUUUUCAUGAUCAGUAAACAACAAGCCUCAUGAUGUCUCUCAGUAUUGGCCACCACUAAUUUGAUAUUUGAGUGAUAUAAAAUAAAAGUGAACUAUACCUGACAAGUAUGAGUGGUUUAGGUUAAUUUACCAUAUUUUGUGCGCUCUGCCUAUCAAGCAGCAGAAGUGCGCAUUUUGCCGUGGUACUGUCAGCUUAUAAUGUUAAUUUAGCAAGCUACGGGUAGAAACUUUGUACAGUUGGCUAAACAUAUAGUGAGUGGUAAGUAGACCUAAUGUAUGCUACUUUUUUCUCCAAACAAUGUAGGCCUACCUAGCGAAGUUAUCUAACAUGAUCCCCUUUUCAACAUUGUUUUUAAGAGUGUUUAAUUACAAUUGCUGCUGACAGACAUGAUAUAGGCUACAUUGAUUGAUGGACCACGUCAAAUUGGCUAGCUAGCUAAUAAUAGAUUAUGGCAAUAUGGCAAACUAGUUAACAAGCUAAAUGUGCGCAAUAAUAUGAAAUGUGUAGUUAUGACUAUGCUCAAUAGUUGAUGACAUUAAAACCAAAUAGUUAUAAAGUGUAUUUAACAAUCCUUUGGGAACUGCACGUAGUUGUCAAUGGUUUUAGCGGAGCUGGCACCUACUUGCCCGCCAGAAGCCAAAUCGAACGUAUUGUGACGUUCUAUUGAAAAUGACCUAUUACGUAUAAUACCCCUAUUACGCAUACACUCUUGUGAUGUCAAUAUGGUUAUUCUAAUGCAUUCCUUAUGAUGUAGACUUAUUAGGUAUACAUUUUACACAUUUAGCAGACGCUCUUAUCCAGAGCGAUUUACAGGAGCAAUUAGGGUUAAGUGCCUUGCUUAAGGGAAAAUCGACAGAUUUUUCACCUAGUCGGCUCGGGGAUUAGAACCAGCGACCUUUCAGUUACUGGCACAACGCUCUUACCCAAUAAGCUACCCGCCGCCCCAGAUACACUCCUGUGAUGUCAAUAUGGUUCUUCUAUUAUUAUGCAUUCCUUAUGAUCUAUUAUGAUGUAUGCCUGUUCAUGAAGAAUACUCCAUUGUGGUGCAUUCCUCUUAGUUUUAGGCCUAGCUCCACCAUUUGUUGUCCAUAUGCUCUAUCGUUGACUUGCUGCUAGAAUAAACAUAAUAUAUUGGCCCUGAUCACACAACAUUCCAUGCAGGACAACAAACAAACAUACAAAAACAGUUGUUCCAAUUUGUUCUCUUUGUUAUGAUUAGAGGAAAAGCUAGGAGACUUGGGGGAGGAAGUUGUUUACCAACGAUGUAACCCAAAGUUGAAAGAUGCUUAAAUUCCCAUGGCCUUACCAAAUCGUGUUGUCUCCAUAGGCUAGUAGGUCUAUUUGUGUCCACCUUUUGGGAAUACAUUUGGUCAGAAGUGAAUAAGUAGGGUUUCCAGGCAUCUAGAAGGUCUGCUGAAUCCCAUUUAUCAUGAGUCUGUCAAGAUGUCUGCCAAAUGGAUGCCAAGGGGACUAUUUCAAACCUUAGCCUAAAUCUUGGGAUUUAAAAUCUUCUAUUAGGCUUACCCCACUGGGUAAAAACUGGUUGAAUCAACGUUUUCCACGUAAUUUCAACAAAAACAUUCUAUGUGAUGACAUUGAAUCAACUUGGAAAACUGAUUGGAUUUGCAAAAAGUCAUAAAUGUAAGGGAAUUUUGUAUUUUUUUCACCCAACUUUUAACCUAAAUCCAAUGACAUGGUGAAAUUGUUUUGGGUUUUACGUUUAAUUCACAGUUGAUUUUCCACCAAAUGUAAAUCAAAACUAGUCUUUGAAAUGAGUCAGUGGGACUGCUUUUUGACAUAUUUUACGCACAUGUUGGCUAAUUUGUACACACACACAUGCCAAUAAUUCCAAUCACAGAUCCCUCAAAAGUACCUAACCAAUGAAACAAGAUCAUUUAUUAUUAUUAUUAUUUGGAUUAUAGCCCGAUUAUAGCAUUUUUCGGAAAGCAGCAGUAUUAGUAGCCUAGUUUCUGAAACAGAGAUGGUGAAAAUAUUCAUCUCCCCAUUUCUAAAAAGAGCUAACUCAUAACAUGAUGCCAUGCUGCAUUCCUCACGCCCAGCUUCUGGCUGUACAGUAGCUAGUAGCAAUAUUUAUUAGGUGUUGGCAGCCUGCCACAAACGGUAACUAGACCAACACCUUGCUGUGCAGCGGCAGAGCCCCAGCCAUUCAGCAUGGUGAGACUCAUAGGAGAUGGCAAGGCGAGCUUUAGCUCAUGCGCAGUGAGGAAUACAGAUAUGAUUGUUAUUGCACAUGCAUGUACUAUGAGGGUAAAAAAGCUCCAGUGGGAAAUAGGAGGUAGUAUAACACACACACACACAUACACACACACACACACACAAUUAUAACCACUUUGAUUUGGCUUUCACGUAAAGCAUAGCUAACAGUUGAGAGUUGUCCUACAUGUAUACAGUCAUAGUUAAUGAUAUGUCUGAUAUAAUUGCAUUAGUAACAUCCACAGUCUAGUUGUGGACAUCUCUGAUUUGUCUGCAUUUGUAGAACUCUUAUUGAUAUGUGUAUUUGAGUCGGGUUCAUGUGGAGAGACGUGUGUUAUCAGCUAUAUGUAUCUUGUCACUCGGUGUCUUGUUCUUGUGCUUGCUGCUGGGGUUGGUUACUGAUUGACUGUCUUCCUUUUCCUCUUCCGCCAGUUGAGAGUUGCCCUGGAGACAAGAGCCCCCCGGGCGGGUCUGCCGCGUCGAAGAGAGCCCGGACGGCUUAUACCAGCGCACAACUGGUGGAACUGGAGAAGGAGUUCCACUUCAACCGUUACCUUUGUAGACCCCGCAGGGUCGAGAUGGCCAACCUGCUCAACCUCACAGAGAGGCAGAUUAAGAUCUGGUUCCAGAACCGCAGGAUGAAGUACAAAAAGGACCAGAAAGGGUGCGGCAUGAUGCCCUCUCCCGGGGGACAGUCCCCUCGGAGCCCCCUCGGUCCAUCUCCUGGUGUUGGGGGUGGAGGAUACCUAAACUCUAUGCAUUCUCUGGUUAACAGUGUCCCCUAUGAGUCCCAGUCGCCAACGUCUUACAAUAAGCCCCCUCAUAAUGCAUACGGUAUGCCCACGUCAUAUCCCCCUCCCUUGAACAGCUCCCUAAACAACUGCCCGCCCUCUCAGAAGAGGUAUCCCGGGACUGUCGGCUCGGCUACGCCCGAGUAUGACGCGCAUCCUCUCCAAAGCAAUGGCGGCUAUGGGACGCACUUGCAGCAGGGAAGCCCUGUAUAUGUAGGCGGAGGUUACAUCGAUUCGAUGCCCAACAACAGGGCCUCCGUUUUUGGCCUGACCCAUCUCUCGCACCCGCCGUCCACAAACAUGGACUACAAUGGAGCAAUCACUAUGGGCAAUAGUCACCAUCACAGAGUAUGUGAUCCAAAUCAGACGUACACAGACCUUAAUACGCCGCACUACUCUCAGGGAAGAAUUCAGGAAGCGCCCAAACUGACGCAUCUGUAGCCGGGUUGCACCCUGGAUCACUCCGCCCCAUUGUCUUACCUCUCGAACCACCAUCGCUUUGUUUCUUCUCUUCUUCAGUAGCUUUUCCCACCUUCUCUUUGUUCUAGGUUAUAUUUGUUAUUUUUUAUAUAGUUUAAUGUGUGAAGUAGCAUAGGAAAGUAAUCACUCUUGCUUGAAAUGUUCUCUCUAUUUGCUAUAGUGUUAUUGUUCCACACAGACCUAUUAUCUGAGACGACAAGCGCGGGGGCACAUACGCAUAGACCUAUUUAAUCUUUAACUUGUUUCUAAAAACAAAUCAAACAGGGUAUAUAAACAAAUCUUAUGGUAUUAUUUUAAUGUGAAUGUGUUAGUUUUUUGGUAUUUAUCAGCAGUUGAAGAUUUGUUUUGUGUUAUUGUUUUGCAUUUUGUUGCACUUGUGGAAGGAUCCUUAAAAAAAGGGAGGUCUGGAAGCUCCAGCCUACGACCUAACCAGCUUGUGUUCUGUUGGACUUUCAAAAUGUUAUUUAUUUAUAUGACGACGUUAUAUGGAGUUCUUUAGUAUUAUUUGAACCCCCUGUGCUCUUUGUAUUUGGAGGCUAUUGGAACCAGACCUAGGUUCUGGUUCUACCGCUUACCUGACAUCAGACAGACGACAGCGAGACAGACCCUCAGCAGCACACUGAUAUGUUGGUGUAAUUUUUUUAUUCUUCGAGGAGGUAUUUUAUUUCUCUACGAAUGCAAAUCAAGCAAUCAUAUGCUUGGAAGGACGGACAUAUAUUAGAUGUUUCUUUAUUGAACAAAUAUUCUAGAUAUCACCAAGUUUCUGUUUCAAUGUCAUACAUUCCAUGCUGCUCCAGUUCGAAUAAAGAAAUAAAUGAAUUGAAAUAUAAAUUGUAUCUUUCAACCUGAAUUUCGAGGGUAUUUAAACAUAUAACUUAAUGGCACAAACUACAAUAAUUAAGCAAUAAUAAUAGGCCUAAUAAUAAUAAUAA